GGAGGGAGAGCGAGAGAAUGGCAGAGGAGAAGAAGGAGAGGGAGGGGCAGACAGAUUUAUUUCCACAGCUGAGUGCUGCCCCUCUCCUCUAUGUGGAUCUCGGUUAGACAGUUGAAAAUAGUGGCGAGAAACAAGGGGGAAGACUGUGGAGAAGAAGGGAAUAAACCAAGUGCAGGAGGAGGACUGUGGACAUGGAUACCCUCGCACUAGAGGCCACCAGCAGUAAAAAGCCGGCUAACGGGGCCGUGGUGGGUCCCCCGGUGCCGGUUCAAGCCCCUGUCAAACGCAAACCUGCUAAAAAAGCUAAAAAGGCUGUUGUUUUCUUUGAGGUGGAGAUACUGGAUGCCAAGACCAAGGACAAGCUCUGCUUCCUGGACAAGGUCGAGCCAAAUGCCACUAUCGGGGAGAUCAAGUCUAUGUUCCACAAGAGCCAUCCUCAGUGGUACCCAGCCAGACAGUCCAUUCGCCUCGACCCCAAGGGAAAGUCUCUGAAGGAUGAGGAUGUACUGCAGCAUCUCCCUGUGGGAACCACGGCAACCUUCUACUUCAGAGACCUGGGAGCCCAGAUCAGCUGGGUCACAGUCUUUCUGACAGAGUAUACCGGCCCUCUGGUCAUCUAUCUGAUGUUCUACUUCAGGGUUCCCUUCAUCUACGCACCCAAAUAUGACUUUACCACCAGUAAACACUGGGUCGUACAUCUCGCCUGUAUGUGUCACUCCUUCCACUACGUUAAGAGGCUGCUGGAGACGCUGUUUGUCCAUCGCUUCUCUCACGGAACAAUGCCGCUACGCAACAUCUUUAAAAACUGUACCUACUACUGGGGCUUUGCAGCGUGGAUGGCGUAUUACAUCAACCACCCGCUGUACACACCGCCCAUCUACGGGGAGCAACAAAUCCGACUGGCCCUCAUUGUAUUCUUGUUCUGUCAGAUCGGCAACUUUUCCAUCCACGUUGCUCUUCGGAACCUCCGUCCACCAGGCUCUAAGACGAGGAAGAUUCCCUAUCCAACCAAGAACCCCUUCACCUGGAUCUUCCUGCUGGUCUCCUGCCCCAACUACACCUAUGAGCUGGGUUCCUGGCUCGGCUUCACUCUGAUGACGCAGUGCCUGCCGGUGGCCUUCUUCACCUUGGUGGGUUUCAUCCAGAUGACUGUGUGGGCCAAAGGGAAGCACCGCAGCUACCUGAAGGAGUUCCGCGACUACCCUCCUCUCCGCUCACCCAUCCUGCCCUUCGUCCUGUAGAGGGCUACUUGACCAGUCCCUCACCCAUUCAGCUCUUCCCGAUUUGUAGGAGUCAAAUACACCCCUACCUCUCCUCCCCCAGCGCUAACAGAGAGGGUGACCCUUGUUCCAUCCUGCAAAAUGUACACUGGAGCUUAACCAACCAAAUAGUUUCUUCCCCUUCCUGUCUGCAGUUCCUGCCAUGUUGAGUGAAAAUGUAACACGUGUAACACUACACUUGCUGAAGUUGUUUUUAAUGCCCACAAACAAACCCAUUCUGAUUGAUUAAUUGACUUCUGAGUGUUUGAGUUCCCAGAGCAGUCUUCACCUUCAAACAACCCAGUGCAUACUGAAUGAAGUACUGAGUAAAAGAUAUUAAGAUGUCUACUACGCUUACGUCAUUUUAAAGUUGUUUUGGGGCUGCGUUUGGUGAUAUUCAGCAAAACUUAAAUUCUUCAGUUUUGAUAUCCAAUAAUCUAAAUUUGAAAUCAUGACAGCAUUUAAUUUUGUUGACUUCUGAAGUAAUUUAUUAAAAAAAGGUAAACAAAAA